AUGGCCAGACGGCAGCUUCUCUUCGCCCUAUUUCUUCUAAUUACUUCUGGCCUUGUAUAUCAAGAACAUGAUAAGAUUUAUAAGAAAUCUGGUGAUGAUGCAAGUUGGGGACAUUCGCGAAUAGGCGUGCACGGUUCGUCGACAUUUUUUCUCAGGAAACCAGAUUUGCAUACACAACCGGGUUCGCAUUUCUCUCCAGAGCCACAAUCAUAG